UUUGGAAAUUGGAGAGCCUUCCAAGGUGUGCCACGUUGGAGUUUGAACUGAUCCUCCUCCCUGAUCGCCACGAAGCCCGAAAGGCGGUUAUCUCAACGGCCGGCCAACACGUACUCGCUUCCUUCCCGACACGUGUUUCUGCACCGCAGAAACCUCUUCUCCUCUUUCUACUUCUUCCAGCACACAUCACUAACAAUCUCUCAUCUUCACCGGCAUUGCUCUGCAAUUUUUUUCUGGAGGUAAAGUUCAGAAUGACUAGCACAAAUUUGGAAACACGUUCGUUGCUGGAUGAAAUCCGCGGUUUCGAUAAUGGCGCCCUGUUUGACCUGGGCCAUCCUCUCCUUAACCGUGUUGCUGAAAGCUUCGUCAAAGCAGCUGGGAUUGGUGGGGUUCAAGCUGUAGCUCGAGAGGCUUACUUCACAGCCGUUGAUGGUGCAAGUCAAGAUACAUCCGCUAUCCCUCCAGAGAUUGGGGGUGCCAAGAAGCAUCAUUCGUUUCCAAGCCUUAGAGGGGAUAGCAACAAAAACUCAUUUGAGGCCUUGAUAAGAAGCACAGGGAAAGAAUCUAUCCAAUGGGGUUUUGCUGCAGGAAUGUAUUCUGGUAUUACCUAUGGGCUAAGGGAGGUUCGAGGAACACAUGAUUGGAGAAACAGCGCUGUGGCUGGAGCCAUAACCGGAGCAGCACUGGCUCUCACAGCAAAGGACCAUUCUCACGAGCAGGUGAUCCAGUGUGCUAUUACAGGAGCAGCCAUCUCCACUGCAGCAAAUGUCCUUAGAGGCAUAUUUUGAAGGCCACUUUGGUUUAUAUGUGUGUUUCUGCUUGUUUUGGCAUAUUUGUAGCUGCCAAGGAAAACUUGUGUUUAGAUUCUGAACUACUUUCAAUUUGGACAUUGCAAAAACUGCAGUUAUAAGUUGUUAUGACCUGUUGUUGCCACCAUGCUUCUGUGUUUAUUUGUGCUGCUAGAAAGCAUGGCUUUUGUGUUCUUUUGUUUGUGCACAAGAGCAUAGCUGAUCCAUCGUAAAGAAGUAUUAACUCC